AUUAGGUAUUUAGGUCAGAUGUAAAUUACAACCAAUACAAUUCAUGUCAUCAUUAUUUUCAAAUCAGUAUAAAACUAACUACUGCUGUUAUUGUUGUUUUUAAACCAAAAAAAUCACACUUUGAAUCAGUGUGUUUAGUGUGUGUGGAAGAAGAGCGCAGAUCUCAGUGUUCGCCCGUUUUUUUUCUGCUUGUCGGUUGGGGUUGGUUCUAGUCAAUUCAUUUCAUCGCUGAUCAAUUCAUUCAUAUUUCGCCGGCAUUUUCAAUCAUGCGUGAAUGUAUCAGUUUACAUAUUGGUCAAGCUGGUGUUCAAAUGGGCAAUGCAUGCUGGGAAUUGUAUUGCUUAGAACAUGGUAUUCAACCCGAUGGUCAUAUGCCAAAUAAUGAGAUUAAGGAGAAAACCGAUGGGGCUUUUAAUACAUUCUUCACGGAAAUGAGUUCAGGCAAACAUGUACCACGUGCUGUGUUCGUCGACUUAGAACCAAAUGUUGUGGAUGAAGUACGAACUGGAACUUAUCGCCAGUUAUUCCAUCCGGAACAAUUGAUCACUGGUAAAGAGGAUGCUGCGAAUAAUUAUGCACGUGGUCAUUAUACGGUUGGCAAAGAAAUUAUUGAUUUAGUUUUGGAACGUAUUCGUAAAUCCGCUGAUCAAUGUACUGGAUUGCAAGGAUUUUUGAUUUUUCAUUCAUUCGGUGGUGGUACUGGCUCAGGGUUUACAUCGCUACUGAUGGAACGUUUAAGUGUAGAAUAUGGUAAACGAUCCAAGCUGGAAUUUGCAGUGUAUCCUGCACCACAAAUUGCUACAGCUAUAGUUGAACCAUACAAUUCAAUUUUAACAACACACACUACAUUGGAACAUUCUGAUUGUGCUUUUAUGGUUGAUAAUGAGGCGAUUUAUGAUAUUUGCAGAAAAAACUUAGGCAUUGGUCUUCCAACCUACACAAAUUUGAAUAGAUUAAUUGCUCAAAUUGUCAGCUCAAUCACUGCUUCGCUACGUUUCGAUGGUGCAUUGAAUGUGGACUUAACUGAAUUCCAAACUAAUUUAGUCCCUUAUCCACGUAUCCAUUUCCCAUUGGCCACUUAUGCACCAAUUAUUUCAGCUGAAAAAGCUUAUCAUGAACAAUUAAGUGUGGCUGAAAUUACAAAUUCAUGUUUUGAAUCUGGUAAUCAAAUGGUCAAAUGUGAUCCAAGAACAGGGAAAUAUAUGGCCUGCUGUUUAUUAUAUCGUGGUGAUGUUGUACCCAAAGAUGUCAACACUGCUAUAGCUAAACUUAAAACUAAAAAAGCCAUUCAAUUUGUGGAUUGGUGUCCAACUGGUUUCAAAGUGGGCAUCAAUUAUCAACCACCAACUGUUGUACCUGGUGGUGAUUUAGCCAAAGUACAACGUGCUGUGUGUAUGUUGAGUAAUACCACUGCAAUAGCCGAGGCAUGGGCACGUUUAGAUAGGAAAUUCGAUUUGAUGUAUGCUAAACGUGCAUUUGUACAUUGGUAUGUUGGUGAAGGUAUGGAAGAAGGGGAAUUCUCCGAGGCACGUGAAGAUACAGCGGCAUUAGAAAAAGAUUACGCUGAAGUUGGUUGUGAUACAGUGUUAAUUGAUGAAGAAGAUGAGGAGCAAGAAUUUUAAAAUAUCGAUCGAUCGAUUGAUUAAUUUGACUCAUGUUUGUUCAACAAUACAUACAUUUUGUUUAUCUGUGUCUACUUUUAUUUACUCUCUGUUCAAAAUUCAAUUUUGUUAAUAGUGUGUUACUUAGUAACAUACAUUAUUAUUAUUAUUAUUAUUAUUAAACCAUAAUUAUUGUACUUUUUAUUUGAAAGAACACAUUGAACAAGUAAUACAUUGUACCGUGUAAAAUCAAUAACACGUGAUUACAUCACUUUUAGUGAAGGAUAAACAACAAAGGACACCUUAAAAAAGAAAUGUGUCUAUUUAGGCGUUUUAAUCUUUGAUAGUGAUUAGCUUGUACUCUGUUUUCAAAGCAAUCAUAUCAAGUGAAUCAUGUGAGUAGUAUGUAGUGAGUGCUUCAUUUUCAGUGUGUGUGUGUGCACGUGUGUGCGCGUUUUCUUAGUAGUAGUUCAGUGUACAUUUAUUUGUUGGUCUUCAUUGGAUUGGUUGGCGUUUAUUUCUAAAAAUUUUGUUUUAAUGAUUAAAAGUUUGAUAGUAAAUAUGAAAA